CAAUUAGCCUUACAGCAUCAGCAUAACGUCUGUGAUCCUAGUAGUAGAAACCACAGAGGACCCCAGAACAAAUUCAUCUGCAUGGAAGAUCCACCUAACCUGAAUCCACUCUGCAUUUCUCUUUACAAUUAUGCUAAGGAAUGCACUGAGCCUCUAGCAGUUCAGUACAGUUAUCUGCCAAAACCCUCUGGAAACUGGUGUACAUUGCUCAAGAAGUUGUCAUUAUGAAUUUGCUUUACCGUUAGAUUAUCUCCUUUAGAAAACUAAUUUCAUAUUAGGGUAAUUGUCUCUGGUGGGGUUAUGCGGGGCUGUUGUGUUGAAAAAAAAAAUAAAAAUGCUGAUGAAGAGGACGGGGGAGAGAAAAAGUCAUGCUGGCCCUCCCUCCCUAUUUCUGUCUCUCAGUCAGAUGAGGUCAUCAAACACCAACCUGCUUUGUAUAUUAAUGAUGUAACAGCCAGGGAUUUUUGGACACCCCGUCCCCAGAGACUGCUUGGCUGGAGGCAGAGGAAGACUUCAUCUUGAUUUAAGAGAGAGAUAACACCCUCGAUAAAACUGUGACAAAGGCUAGAUAGGCAGUGUGAGAGGAGAUAGUGAGGGAGUGUAAGAUGCCAGCAGAGAGGAGAAGACAGGAGAGGAGCGAGGCAGAGGAGGGACUGCACGAUACACUGUGCCUUUAAAGCACCAAGCCCCUCCCUCCACAGAGCCGAGCAGAACAGCCGAGUGGUGCUGGCAGGAGCCUGAGCCCCACGAUAAACUCUGGCAUCAGCUUCCCUUCAUCCGGCAGUCAGCGAGGACACAGUGAGGGCGCAGGGGCAGAGAGACGGGGACGGAGAAAGGGAAAGAGCAAGAGUGACAGAAAGGGGGGGGAGAGAGUGAGAGUCGAAAAACAGGCAGAUAGACAGAGAGGGAGAGGCUGUCAUAGGAAUCACACAGCUCCUUUUCCACAGCAGCAGUUCAGCCGUUUCUGUCCGCUGCCUCCAGAUGCAGGCGAAUGCUGAUGGGGAUGACGGGUGGCGUGCUUUCGGCAGCACAGUUAUCUGAGUGAUGGUAGCAGCCACGGAGGCAUCACAACCCGAAGCAGGAGCUCUCCUCGCCACUCUGGCUGUUAGUCAUCUUUCAGCCUCCUCUCUCCCUUCUCAGAGUGCUAUCAGGGCCAUUCAUCGUUCCCAUCUCAUGCCUCCUGCCUCCUCCUCCUCCUCCACAGCUUCAUCCUCCACUUCUACUCCUCCUCUGAUGAGCCAGAGCCUCAGAGUGAAAUAACCCUGCUGAUAGAAGCUUCUCUCUCUGUCAAGACAGUGCCAUGUGUGAUUGGCCAGCGUACCCCGUGGCAGUGGCAUCGCCCUGGAUUUGGCGAGAAGCUCUCCCCCCUGCUUGUUCUCUGGGGCUCCUCUGGGAAGCUUUCAUAGGAUUUAUCUCGUCCUGCUGGAUGGCACAGAGCCCUCUGCCUCUCUGAAAAGAGUCCACAGAGAAAACAUACACUACACGGAUAAGAAGUAAAAUAAUUAUCCAAUCACAGCACAAGGAGGCAGACCAGGGUUCCCUUAGCAACAACUGAAGGAGAGAAGAGAAUCCUUUUCUCUUUCUGCUCCCUUGGUUUUUGGGCACACCCCUGUGGACUGCUGUGGGUCAGUGUUUUCUGAGAGGACUUGGAUAGCGCCGUUGCAUAAGACAAGCUGCCACCCAAAUUCCAGGGGAAGGUGCUCGUUCGCCCUCCAGCCCCCCUCGUAACUGUGUCUAAUCGACACCACGAUUUUUUUGUUAUCCCUCCACAAAUUCUCAUCACAAGUCACGUUCUGCUGGCUUGGAAAUCAAUUCAUUCUGAUCCCACGCCACCUGGAAUAAGCCCUGCUUUGGGGGGAGAUUGGACACUCUGUGAAAAGACCCACACCUACCUUCCUCCCUUUCAUGGACGAGAAAUGAAGGACAACACGAGUAAGUCGUCAUCUGCAAAAAGAAAAAUGGAUGUGAAGCAAAGUUUAUUUUGAUGAGAGUUUCUACUGACAAUCUUUUUAUUUUUCCUGGAGGAGAAAACGCCACACUGCACAGAGGAAUAUCCCCUUUUUUUCCAAACAGGAUCUGUCCUUUCUCUCUUAAAAGACAGUAGACCUCUCUGAGGGACUAUAUUUAGAAGGCAAAUCUUGUCCCUGCUGGCCAAUAAUGUAGAACACGAUUUUGAAAAUUGAGCCACUGCUGGGAGUUCUAUUUUUCUAUCUAUGUUCGAUAGCUUUCUCUAUAAAAAGGGUUAAUACAAACCCCUUGUCUGCUUUCACUUUUGUAUGUUAGCCUGCCAUUAUGUCACUGUGUUUCACAAGUAAAAACGAUUGUACAGGACAAGUGGAAGAGGGAAAAAGUCUCUUCCCUGUAUAGUGUUUUAAAUAGCAUCUCCUCGGGAACAAUUUCAAACGUACACACUGACACAUGAGAUGAGUUGGCUCUACACGAUUAUGUAAGAGUUUCAUACCAGCUUUAGCCCAUGUAUUUUGCCUCUUCCUUUUCCAUGGAUUUACAGCAUUUGACUUUUCCCAUGCUCAUUUUCUCCUCGUUUUUGGAAGCAUCUACCAGAGGGCAUGGAUGUCAGAGUGUGACCCUGUGCCGAGUGUGCGGGAGAGGCAAGGUGUUUUGGCUGCCCAGGUGCUUUUAAGAUGUUGAGGUCUCCCUGCGUGGCCGGGGCCCCUGUUCGGAUCAGUAGCACUGAGGCUCCUUGUAGCCAAAGACAUGGACCCCGACUCGGCUCCCCCACGCCCUCAGCCUGUUGGCCACUGGCCCCACGUCGCCCUGUAAAGGAUGUCCCUCAGCAGAGCUCCGGCCCGGGACACCUCUGAGACCCCCAGCCCGAGAGAACGCAUCCGCAGCCACAUGAAGAUGGUGAUCAACCAGCUGGAAGGCAUCCUCAUAGAGCUCAAGGAUGUGGCCAAGGAACUCCGGGAGGUGGUGGGUCAGAUCGAUAAACUAACAUCCGACUUUGACUUUGACCUGGAGCCAGAUGACUGGACGGUGGCCACAGCCAGCAGCACGUCCAGCAGUGAGCGGGGUCUGGGAGAGGCCUUCAGGCUGGACUUCCUCAAUGCAGAUGUGCUUUCUGAUAGCUGGGAGUUCUGCAGCUAUCUGGAGGCGGCUGGCGCUGCCGCCGCCCGCAGGCCUGGUGAGCAACCAGGAGAUCCACGAGUGGAGCUGGGCCGCGGGACCAUCCCCACCCAGACACAGACCCCUACCCCGCCCCCCACCACUGCCUCGGUCUAUUCCCAGAUGAACGGGGGGCUGCCCAUCCCUAAUGGGCCCCGCAUUAUUACUCCAGAUUCAUCCAGCGAGGAGGCCAGCAGCUCCACGCACAGCCACAAGACUUCCCGUACCUCUGGCACAAGAGAAAGAGUCCGCUUCAGUGACAAAAUUCUGUACCAUGCGUUAUGCUGUGACGAUGACGAGGAGGAGGAGGAGCAAGAGGAAUUACAGGAGGACAAGAGUGGCUGUGCUACACCGGAUAGCGAUAGUGAACCCAGUCUCCUGACAAGCUCAGUCACCCCCAAACGUUCUUCCUCUGAGCACUCACUCCUCCAUAACUGUCUGGACCCUUCGUAUGUCUCCUCGCCAAUGAAAGGGACGACGGGAGCUCACACACUACCCAGGAAAGGUCUCUUAAACCCUGGCUGCCGCAAAAAACUGUUACGAAAUAGCAGCACACAAACUGUCUCUGAUAAGAGCACCCAAACUGUACUGCCCUAUAUUCCAACCAAACAGAAAACAAAGGACCACUGAGAAAGCCCUAAGUUUAUCAUAAAUUUCAUGAAGAGGACUGUGCAUUAUUUAAUAUUAAAUACAUAGCUCAUAGAUUAAUACACAAAUAAAUUAAUUACUAAAUAAAUAAAUGAUAUAUGGGAAAUCACUCGACUACCUAAAGUUAUUCUGAGGCUCAGGGAAAACAAGAUGAAAUGAAGCAAAGCAGAUCAUUAAGAUGAAAGAUACUGGUGGACCAAAAGGUUAGUGCCUGUUCUACUGUUAAAAGAAACACUGAAUGGAUUCCGUAUUUGUAGUCAUUUCAAACAAUGACAUAGAUUAUAAAAGCAAUCAUUUUUACUCGAACAUUUGAAGUGUUCAAAAUUGGAAGUAUGAAGAGGCCCUUUCCCCUCAUGUCAUACAAUAGUCACAAAAAAAGAGAAAAGAAAAUGCUUGUUCCUAUAAUGUGGAUACAAAACGCUGCACAUUCUGUACUCUGAAUCUGUAUAAACAUUGUCUUUUUUAUGUUCCAGUUAUUUCAAAUGUCAAGGGGAUUGUUGCUUUCAGCAGGGUAAUGUAUCUAGAUGCACAUGUCAAGCCUCUUCCUCUCUUUGAUGUCAACAAACAACUUUGAGCGUGGAGCCAGAAAACAACACUAUUUACCUGCCCUUGAUUUUCUAAAUCAUGUCAGUGUGAUCCCUUCUUGGUCUGCUGCAAAAGCUGAAAGAGUGGCAGGCAGGGAAAAAAUAUAUAUAUAAAAUAAUUUGAGAAUGUGCGGUCCACUAAAGUGACAUUUCCAAUUUUUUUUUCUCUUCGUCCAUGCCUGUGACGUCAUUAGACCUAGGAUCCCAGCUAAAAAGCAGUCUACAAAAAAGUGCUAAAGGUUUUGUCUCUCCAUUCAGUCGCCCAGUGGGGAAUUGAACUCGGUAGAGCAGCAUUUUAUUCACAGGACUAACGCCAAUAGCCAUUCCUGAUCAAUAUGUUAGAGGGAGGUUGCAGCGAGAGGUCUCUCUGCUGAGCCUGCAUGCCACUCUCCUGGGAUCUGUGAACAAAAACUCACAGUCAGACCUAUUUACUUACACUGAGUGGAACAAAAAUUAGAACUGUGGCCCUAAAGAACUGACAUUUCAAAAGAUGUGCGUCCAGGAGUGAGAGCUGGUGGUGGAAAGAGAGAGUGUUCAUGUUCAAAGAUUUUUUUUUACAGAGCAAUAAUCUACCCCGGGGAACGGCUUUGUGAGCCUGCUCCCCUGGUCCCUUCACCCGUACUUUCCUAAUGUUGUGUUUUCCAGUUUAAAAAAAAAAAAGAGAAAAAAAAGAAAGUAAAAUGUCAUAGUCUUAAAGAGGAAAAUCCUUGCUGACUCCUGUGAAGCUAACCUUUGUGCCUCUGAUCACCUAAUGUGGACUUUACCUUCCACAGUAGGCAGAGAUGGUCAUAGAAUCUUAUUUAUUCACAUACUGUAGAAAGAAACUUUACUUACUCCAUUACUUCAUAUAUUCAAUGCUUCCAUGUAAAAUAUAUAUAUAUAUAUAUAUACAGUACAUGCGAGCAUGCUAUCUUGUCUUUACCUCCAAAUCACAGGCUUUUUGUUGUUGAAACUACUUCUUAUGUGAUUGUUUUUCCUUUUAGUGGAAUCAACAAGUCAAUUUAUCAUUAACAUAUUUUACUAAAUUCAUGUAAAUUAGACAGUUUUAGUCUGCAGGAAUGUUCUCCAUCUACAACUGGUCAAAGCAAUAUAUUGGAAUCAACAAACAAACUAGACUAAUAAAGUCAAAAUGAAAAUCUCA